UGUUGGAGCCCUAAUUAUUGUUCUUUUUCACUUGUUUUUCACAGUACAGUGCCGUGGACAGCAACCCCCUCUCUCUGUACGUCAUGCAUCCCUUCUGGAACACGAUAGUGAAGAUCUUCCCCACCUGGCUGGCCCCAAAUUUGAUAACGUUUUCUGGCUUCCUGCUGCUUGUCUUCAACUUCCUCCUCAUGGCAUACUUCGACCCUGACUUUUAUGCUUCUGCUCCUGAUCACCAGCACGUUCCAAAUGGUGUGUGGGUCGUUGUGGGCCUCCUCAACUUCAUUGCCUACACGUUAGAUGGUGUUGAUGGGAAGCAGGCUCGCCGGACCAACUCCAGCACGCCCCUGGGAGAGCUCUUUGAUCACGGCCUGGACAGCUGGGCAUGUGUCUACUUUGUGGUGACAGUCUAUUCCACCUUCGGACGGGGCUCCACGGGCGUCAGUGUCUUCGUUCUCUACCUCCUCUUAUGGGUGGUCUUGUUUUCCUUCAUCCUCUCCCACUGGGAGAAGUAUAACACAGGGAUCCUCUUCCUGCCCUGGGGAUAUGACAUCAGCCAGGUGACCAUUUCCAUUGUCUACAUAGUGACAGCCUUUGUGGGAGUGGAGGCCUGGUAUGCACCUUUCCUGUUUAAUUUCUUAUAUAGAGACCUAUUCACUGCAAUGAUUAUUGCUUGUGCCCUCACGGUGACGCUGCCCAUGAGCCUCUACAACUUCUACAAGGCCUACAAAAAUAACACCCUGAAGCACCACUCUGUGUAUGAGAUCCUGCUGCCACUGGUCUCCCCAGUGCUGCUCUUCCUCCUCUGCACCACGUGGAUCUUCGUGUCCCCGACAGACAUCCUGGAGGUCCAUCCCAGGCUCUUCUAUUUCAUGGUUGGAACAGCCUUUGCUAACAUUUCUUGCCAACUGAUCGUCUGCCAGAUGAGCAGCACCCGCUGCCAGCCUCUCAACUGGAUGCUGCUGCCCAUCGCGGCCGCGCUCUUCCUGGUGGUGUCCGGGUUGGCCCCCAAGAGCGAGACGCUGCUCCUCUACCUGCUGACAGCUUUCCUCACCCUGGCCCACAUCCACUACGGGGUGGUCGUGGUGAGCCAGCUGAGCAGGCACUUCAAUAUACGGCCCUUCUCGCUAAAGAAGCCCACGCCGGAUUGACUAGGAGUGGAGGAAGAGAAAAUCAGCUUGCAGUCUGCAGAAGUACUGUAAAUAACUGCUGCAAAUCCCUGUAAAUACUUCGACCAUCACCACGGAUCUAAACCUCUCCUCUGGACAGACAUCAGGGCAAAAUGCGCACGGAAUCGGCAGCAGCCGGGGCACGGCUGGUACGGGGCAGCCUCCGCUGCUCUUCUUCCAAUGCAAGCUUUGGGUUUUUGGGGUGAAACUGGACAAGGAGGGUAGUUUUUCAGGUCACUAUUACUGUACAUUAGACCAGCUGAAUGUUCCCAGUGAAACCUCAAACUCCAGCUCUUGCUGAGGUAAAGCCGGCUGGGGACGCGAGUGGCUUUACCUGAGCAAAGCGUUGUGACCCGUCACCAAAAUCAACAUAACGUGAUUUCUGUAAGGUCAGGGGAACAUCCUGGGGGUUGCUGGGGGGAGAGGGGGGUUUCCUGUCUGUCCCCGAUCCUGCCAGGACAUCCUUCAUCCUGGGCUGGUCUGUAGGGAGCAGAUGGUGAGAGUUCUCCCCCGUUCUGCCCUGCAAUCACCUGUUUGGGUAAACACUUGCACCUUUUUUUUUUUUUUUUUUUUUUAAGAGGAGAAAAAAAAGAACACCACACAAAACUUCUAGUAAUAUUCUGUAUGGGGGGGGUGUGGGGAAAAUCAGGGCUGUUUCCUGUAAAAGUGGGAAGGUGUUUUCUGCCACCCCUGCUGGAGUUGUGGGUGCUUGGGGCCACGUCUGGGCUGAGUUCCAGCGUGUCCCUCUCUGUUCCCCACCUGGCUCCGGGCUCCGACCGGCAGCGGAAAGCAGCCAGCCCCAGCCUGGCUCGCUCCCCCCCUCUCCUGUUUUGACCCCAAACUUGCCAUUUUGGGUCAUUUUGUGCUGCCUGAGGCUCUCCUGGUGUGGCAGCGUGGGCUGCAGAUCGCCCUUCCCCACCGUAAGGAGCGCGGUGUUGGGGGUGUGUGCGCUUCUGGAAAGCUGGCGGGCGGUUGUGUGGCGGGUCCUUCCCAAAUAUCACUUUGAUUUUUCCAAACCGUUGUCCCCAGCGGCUGCAUUUCUCAUCCAGGGAUAUAUUUGUUUACUGUCCAUUCGUAAAAGACGUGUUUGCAUUGAUUUAUUAUUUUUUUUUAAAAGUUGUUUUUGUAAUUAAGAGUGGGGUGGCGAAGACUGAAUGCUGAUUUUUUUUUUUUUUUCUUCUUUUCCGUUCACUUUAUUUAAUGAAGAACCUGUGCUUGAAUGAAGAGUGUAGCUUAAACCCAGGCUCUGGAGAGGCUGCAUCCGGAAGCGAACAGGCACAGCAGAUGGGGCAGAUGUAAUUACCACGGGAACAAACUCACUUUUCACACUGAUCAUUGUGCCAGGCCCUUCCUAGACGCUUGGUCACCGCCUUUUCCUUCGGCAGGUCGGAGACUCCGCCUGCUUUAGGAAACCUUCCAAGUGUAAACGACUAUUUAAUGCUUUUUUUGGUUUUGUUUUUUUGUUUUUUUUUUUUUUUCUUUUUGUAAAUUUGAAUCACUGUCGUGCAGACUCGAAAUCCUGAGCGAGCUCACGGUACGCCCUGCGAGGAGCUCCGGAAGGGUUGGUUAGUCCUGGAGAAGGCAGGGGGCAAAUCAUUUUCAGAGUUUAUUUAAUAAAGCAGUUUAACUCCUAUAUAUUUUACCGAUGUUGUACAGGGAAAAAAAAAAACAACCAAACCACCAGACCCCAAAGUGUACAAAAUGAAUUGCUAUUUAAUGAACUAUCGUAAUUAUGAAGAGAGAAUAAAUUUAAGUCAUGCUGGCACGAGAAUUGCAGGGAAUUUUAACAUGGGACACAGCGCUUAUCCUAUUGGGAUAAGGUGUUCAGGCGGCAAAAUUGUGCUGGCCAUGCUGAUGGAAAGUGGUGAUUGGGUGAUUUAUGUUCUAGUUAUGUGUUUGCAGGACCAGGGAAUAACUGAGCUAUUCCCUGGGGCUUCCAGCCAAGCUCUGGGGUCCCAAACCUGGCGCUUGCCUCAUCCCCUCUCCUCCCGGGAGCCUUGCUGGGCCCCGAAGGCUGGAGAAGCCAUCUGAUCUUUAAAUCUUGGGGUGUUGCUGUGUCUCUGCACGGCGCAGUCUGCCUCUUGUCUCACCUGGCUGUGAGCUGCCGGGCUUCUUGCACCACGUAAUACCCCCUGGAAAAUACCCCCCCUUUUGUGGAAGCUGGGCUUCCUCUCUCCCAUCUGUGCUGUGGGAGAAGGAUCUCUCCUGCCUGCAUCUUUGGAGAGCCCUGGGUCUUUUGGUGCCUUAAUUGAUCGCACCUUGAAGCUAGAAAAAUAUCUCCUUAAAUCAGUGCUGGGAAACUGGAGGCUUGUGGCCAGAGCGGGGAGAGAGUGGGGCUGGGCUCGGGGCACAGGGGAGAGGCUGGAGCCCAGAGAGCCAACCCUGUGGCAGGCGGAGAAACCCGCUCUUUAUGAAUAAUAAUGGUUUGAAGUCUGAAGAAUAAACACCUUCCUGCCUCGCUAAUGACAUCCGGGGGUGGUUGUGGGACAGGGGUGGUGGUUUGUCUUGUGGGAUGUGCUCCUUGGGAUGGGACAGGGACGUGAGCUCGCUCGGCUCCUUCUGCCUGGUGUUGGAGAGCUGAUCUGUGUUGUCCCCUCUUCCAGGGACAGUGUUAAUCAUCAUAUUUCCUUAAUUACUGGUGGACCUACUGAUAAUGGAACCAUCUCAUGCUUUCCUAAA